UGUUUAUUUUUGCUCUUAUCAAUAAGGAGGUUACGAGUACUAUUACAAACUGACAAACUUUUCAUCAGUUUAAUAUAAUAAUUGCCAAGUUUUAAGCUAAGAGAGCCGUAGGAAACUUGAAACAGCAAUGUCUAUAAAGCUGAACAAAAGCCUGGUGAAUUAUGUCAGCAGGAUGCUCCAGCCGGUUUCUGCCCUGCCAAAGGAUGCGAUACGGCAUCAGCAGGCUUUGUCAAAAAGCAAUCGGUUGAUGCUUGACAUGGGGAUAAUCAGACAGUCGUACAUUGGCGUGUACCACUUGCUACCCCUUGGCUUGCGCUCCUUAAACAAGCUUAAAAACCUCAUAAGGUGUCGCAUGAAUCAGAUUGGGGCCCAAGAGCUCAAGAUGCCACUCAUCGUCAGCACUGACCUUUGGAAGAAAUCGGGAAGGUGGGAUGCGGCUGGAGAAGAAAUAUUCAAGCUAAAUGAUAGACAUAAAAAGAGCUUCUUAUUGUGCCCGACAAACGAGGAAUCUGCAGCUGAUCUGAUUUCGACCAUUCGACAGCUUCCGCACAAAAGCUUUCCGUUGUUGUUUUAUCAAAUAAACACUAAAUUCAGAGAUGAAUUAAGACCGAGGUGUGGCCUCAUCAGAGCGAGGGAGUUUGUAAUGAAAGAUUUAUAUUCAUUUGACACCGAUGAGAAAAAAGCCCGCGAGACUUACCAGAUGGUGGGUAAAGUGUAUGAUGAAAUUUUCAGUGACUUGGGCUUAAACACUUUAAAAGUUGCAGCCGACCCAGGAGAAAUUAAAGGAAUCUUUUCACAUGAAUAUCAUAUAGAAUGCAAUGAAGGAGAAGAGGUUUUAAACUCUUGUAAGAAAUGUGGGCUUACUUGUAUUCAAAAUGACUGGAAAGAGUGCAACAAUUGCAAACAUGCAGAAUUUUCUGUUUUGAAUGGACUCGAGGUCGGACAUACGUUUUUCUUAGGAACAACAUAUUCAGAUCCUCUUUCUGCUGUUUUUAAACUGGAAAAUAACCAAAUGAAGCAUUUAAUGAUGGGAAGUUAUGGCUUAGGUGUUACAAGGAUUUUAGCCAGUUCCAUAGAAGUGCUGUCAAAUGAAGAAGAAAUCAGAUGGCCACAUACUAUCGCUCCUUAUCGUAUUGUCAUCAUCCCCCCUAAAGAGGGAAGUAAGGAAUCAUCGUCAGCAUAUCUCCAAUAUGAAAUUUACGACAUUUUGAAUUCACAGGAUCAUUUGAAAGAUGAUAUUUUAAUAGACGAUAGACAAAGGAUGACAAUAGGAAAAAGAAUUGUACACGCUAAAAUGACGGGUUAUCCUUUUAUCAUAGUGAUUGGAUCCAAGUCAUUGCAAAAUCCACCCCUUGUGGAGGUAAUUGAUGUAUAUAAUGAUACAUCUUACGAUUUCACUUUAGAUGAAUUGACUUCGUUUUACAUGAACGAGUUCCAGCGAAAUAAACAAUCUGUUAUGAAGAGUUAAAAACAUCACAAUGGUGUCUUCAUUAUUUCACUAGUUGUUGUCCAGUUUGCCACAAACGUUUGCUUAUUAUUACUGAGCUCUCCCAUAAUGCUGAUGAUCAUCGUCACAACACCUGUCACUAUCAAAAUCAGAUUUAGUGUCAGUGAAAAAAUUAAGCUGCGCUUAUCACGUAUUAAGUUGUGGACUAUAUUCAGCAUAGCGGGCAAUAUGAGGCCAAGGCAGCAACAGCUUAUAAUCUGAAUUAUUUGGAAAAUUUUGUUUGUAAACGGCAAAAACAGCACAAAAGCAACUGAAAAAAAAAAGUCUGUUAUAAAUAUGUUUAAAAUUUACUCUUACGCAUAGCCAAAAUGUUGAACAAAUAGAUUGAAGUACAAAAUAGAAAAUAGUAAUGUAUCAUUAAAGUAGUAUUAAAAAAUCAUAAACAUGAUUUUAUGAAUAUAAUUUUCUUAUAGCCGAUCUUCAUUCAUUAUCUACUAUUAAAUAGUGGUUAUUCAUGUAAAUAAUCCUUUUUUCUUUUUCUUAUGAUUUUUACAAGUAGGAUUUUUAGUCGCAACAAGUAAAUGAGAUAAUAGACAGGUGAAAACCUAGCAUGUUACAUGUAAUAAAAGUCACCCAGCAUCUCUCACAUUGAGUCAAUCAAGCUCUCACGAGAUCUCUUGGCCGCAACUGCUUCAAUGAUUUGAGAAGUGGAUUGUGGUGAAGGUUUAAAUUUUUGUAGAAGUUCUUGUAUCGGGAUUCAAUAAUGUAAAAUACAAAUUGGAUUUGGAGGUAUUAUGAUUUAGUCGUGAUGAAAAUAAGAUUGAGACAUAUUGAACGGGGUUUAUAGUAUAUCCGUAGUAAAAGAAAUAAAAACACAAUCAUGUAUAAUUAAUACAAACAAACAAUUAUAUUUACUGAAUACAACCCCCACAAAUAUAUUGGCAAAACUACAAAAAAAAAAAAAAAAAAAAAAAUCAAUAUUUA